GAUGGCCAUGUUAUGAUACUCAAAUCGAACCGGAAACUUCAAGUUUUGACGAUGACAGGGAUGUGGAGCUAUCCUCAUUCGUAGCCUAACUCUCGGACCAUUUAUUUCGGCAUCAAUCAAAAUUCUAAAUUCUAAUUUUUUUCGGAAUUAAAAAAAGGGCGCAACAUGUGUGACGGUUGUGGAUCGCUGGAGCCUCGCGGAUGCCGCAGUCGAGAAUUGCGAUGUGGCAUCAUGUAUACCACCUGCGACUGCGUGAAGCGCAACGGGCUGCAGGACAAGUGUCCACGGUCCGCAUGCCAGGGCCGUCCCGCUUGCCUGUGCUUCCCGUUCCCAACCUGCGGGCCGGCGGCCUUCCCGCUCCGCUAUGCCAAUAUGACGAUGGGUGUAAACAACAAGCGGAUGCGGUGCGCCGCCACGGCAGCUGCCUCCGGUUGUUGUGGCGGUCGCGCUGCCGGCGGAUGUUGCGGCCCAUGCUAAAAUUCCGAAAUAGGACCUAACUGCAAGGCCAAGCCGGGCCCCACUGCCACAAAACUCUGUCCCAGUCCUGUCAAUUCCUCGGUCAGUGGCCGGAAUCCUACAUGCAGCUCCCUUCCCGUCAAUAGUCCUUGAUCUGUCGCCACCCCUUUGCCCCACUACCACCUGAGUGGCUUCUAAGUGGCUCCUCCCAGCGAGGAGUGUAGUGCGCGUGGGACAUGUUGACAAGUUACUUGGUCGAGUUCUAGUUGGAGCCCCGUACUAUAAUGUUCGUCGAAUUGAAAACCAGCGACUGGCGGAGAAAAUUGUGUGCAUGUGUGAAAGCGUAGAAGUCCCUAACUCAAUUGGAUUAGAAUUUAGAUUGUACAUUUUUGAAAUUAUAUAUUAAAAUUUACAGUAUAUCAUAUAAAAAUA